GAAAUCUUGUUGGAUAAUUCUGUGUUGGUGAAUCUCUGUAGCUCGUAUUUAUUAUUGAGACGUGCAGUGGUAGCUUGCUUACGUCAGCUUGUGCAAAGAGAAGCUGCUGAGGUAUCAGAAUAUGCUGUUGCAUUAGUUAAAGAGAACAGAGAAGACUUUACUCCAGAUGUUAACAUCAGGGAAAUAGGCCUGGAGGGGGCAUUGCUGGGCUUGCUGGACAAAGAAUUGGAUCAAAGAUUGUGCCAAGAUAUCAAAGAGACUCUGACUCAUAUGCUGACUUCAAUGGCAGUUGAAAAGCUCUCUUUUUGGCUGAAGCUUUGUAAAGAUGUUCUUGCUGCCUCAGCUGAUUUCAAUACAGUAGCUUCAAUAGAUACCACUCAAGAAGAGGAAACUGCCAAAGUGGAUGAUGCAUCUGUUUUAACAUCUGACAGUGAUGAGAGGUCCCAUCCUUUCAGUAAUCCACGAUGGUCUACCAGAGUUUUUGCUGCAGAGUGCGUUUGUAAAAUUAUAAGCCAGUGUGAAAAUGCAGGCAGUGCACAUUUUGACAUAACUUUGGCUCAGGAAAGGAAGCAACGUGAUUCAAGAGAUGACUUUUUGGUAUUGCAUUUAGCUGACUUGAUUCGUAUGGCUUUUAUGGCUGCCACAGAUCACAGUGAUCAACUUCGUCUUUCUGGGCUUCAAACAUUGCUGAUCCUUGUUCGGAAGUUUGCAGCUGUUCCAGAACCAGAGUUUCCAGGUCAUGUAAUUCUGGAGCAGUAUCAAGCCAAUGUUGGAGCAGCACUUAGGCCGGCCUUUGCUUCUGAAACCCCUCCUGAUGUCACAGCAAAAGCAUGUCAGGUGUGCAGUGCCUGGAUAGCAAGUGGUGUAGUAAGUGAUCUUAAUGACCUUCGAAGGGUUCACCAGUUGCUUGUAUCUUCUUUGGUCAAAGUGCAGGCUGGGAAAGAAGCACAAAGUCAACAAUAUAAUGAAAGCACCUCAACUAUGGAGAUACUGGCUGUGCUUAAGGCUUGGGCAGAGGUUUACAUAGUUGCAGUUGAAAAGCAGAAAAAUCAAAGUGAUGCACACCAUCAUUGUUUAAAAAUUGCAAACUCUGCAGAAGAAAGCUACAGAGAUGUAACAUCUUCAGCCAGUGGACUUCUGGACUUAGUACAGGCAGAUCUUGGAACGCUGAGCAAGCUCUGGCUUGCUGCACUUCAGGAUUUUGCUCUCUUAACUUUGCCUUCAGAAUAUGCAUCACAGCUGCCUGCUGAAGGUGGUGCAUUUUAUGCAGCGGAGACAAUUGAAAAUGCCAGACCUCAUUACUACAACUCCUGGGCACUGAUACUUUAUGCUACAGCAUUAUGGCUCACUAGCACAGGUUUCAUUGUUGUUGAUCCAGAUGAAGGAGUUACUAAUCUCUCUAGACCUGUCACCCCAACUACAAUGUGUCAAGAUUCUUCUACUAGGCCCUUGGUGAAAUCUCCUGAGGAUGUGAAUACUGACAGAUUUCAUCUUAUCUUGGGAAUUAGUGUGGAAUUUCUCUGCUCUCCUCGAUCGGAUGCAGCAAUGGAGAACAUUAUUGCCUGCUUACGUGCCCUACAGGCGCUUUUUGAUGUUCCAUGGCCAAGGUCUAAAAUAGGUGGUGAUCAGGAGUUGAGUGUAGAGCUGCUGAAUGUUUUACAUCGACUGAUACUGACCAGAGAAUCACCUGAUAUUCAGCUUGCUGCCCUUGAAGUGGUUCGGCUGAUUCUUUUUGCAGCUCAGGAACAUGUGAAGGAAAAGCGGAGAAGUGCAGAAGUUGAUGAUGGUGCUGCAGAAAAGGAAACAUUACCAGAAUUUGGAGAAGGCAAAGAUACAGGAGGACUGGUGCCUGGGAAAUCAUUAGUCUUUGCAACACUGGAGUUGUGUGUUUGUAUUCUUGUCAGACAGCUUCCCCAGCUCAACCCUAAAUUAACUUACAGCCCUGCAGUUCAAUCUGGGAAACAUCUGUUACUGUCAGAAGAUGGAAGUAGACUGGUAGCAGCAGCAUUAGUUAUUCUCUCUGAUGUUCCUACAAUCUGCUCUCCUGAAGGAAGUGUUUCAGUUCUUCCUACUAUCUUGUACCUAAUUAUUGGAGUACUGAACGAAACUGCUGUGAAAACGCAAGAUGGCCAGUUACCUUUGACAGUUGCUGCCUCCCUCCAAGCUCUUAAAGGACUCUUGUCUUCUCCGAUGGCGCGAGCAGAGAAGAGUCGGACUGCUUGGACUGAUCUUCUACGUAGUGCUUUGGUCACAGUGCUUGACUGUUGGGAUCAAGUAGAUGGGCUUCUACAAGAACUUGAUGAAGUUAGCCUGCUUACUGCUAUUACUGUAUUCGUUAUGUCUACCAGUCCAGAAGUUACCACCAUAGAGUGCCUUCAAAAGCGUUGUAUUGAGAAGUUUAAAAUAACACUUGACUCAAAAGAUCCUCUUGUACAGUGUAAGUGCUACCAGCUGCUGCACUCCGUCUUUCAGCAUCCAAACAAAACUGUGUCGUAUCCUUAUAUUCAUUCUUUAGCACCAUCCAUUGUGGGAAAACUGCAGGAAACAGAAAAAGCAAAACCUGAAAAUGCAGCAGAACUUCAAGUUGUUCAGGAGGGAAUAAAGGUGGUUACAGCUCUUACAGCCACCGCUGAGGAAGAGCACCGUGCUCAUUUGGUGGCCUGCCUUCUUCCCAUCCUUAUUUCCUUUCUUUUGGAUGAAAAUGCCCUGGUUUCUGCUACAAACUCGGCAAAAAAUCUACAUGAGUUUGCUUUGCAAAAUCUGAUGCAGAUUGGUCCACAAUACUCAUCAGUUUUUAAAAAACUAAUGGCUUGCUCUCCAACUAUGAAAGCCAGGCUUGAGUCCGCUGUAAAAGGCAAUCAAGAAAGCAUGAAAGGGAAGACUGCUAAACAUGCAAAGAACCCUGGGAGAAGUUCAAGCAUUCAGCUAAAGACCAAUUUUCUUUGAAGUCUCGCGUUGUCAUUUUAUGCACUUUGAUACCAACAUCAAAAAAUGUCCCUUUUAAUUUCUAAUCUGAGUGGGAUCGCUAUGAGUUGAUCUCAUAUGUUUCAGUUUGCACCGAAGUAUUACAGAAAACUUUUGAGAAAGCAGUUCUCUAGAUAACUUCCUGCUAGUGUAAGACUUCUUAAACAUCUCUAAACACUAUGAAUAAAUCUAUAACAGGUCAUCUAAUAUGUAUUUUGGAUUAUUUUGGACUAAAAUA